AUUAAAAAGCUAAUAUGGCUACUAGGGAAGAGAGAGAUAAGUAUAGAUCAGUCCUUGAAGAUGCAGGACAGGUUCAAUGGAGGUAUGAUAACCCUCCAGACUUCAAUAGUGUGAACCAGCUCUUUGAAGAAGGCCAGACUAAGGUCCUUCGGUUAAUAUAUGUUUCACUUAAGGUAUGUGCUAUGUUUAUAUUUUGUGAAUCUGAUUCGUUGAUAGUAUUUGAUUUUGAGCGCAGGUGUGGCCAGAAGGUUCGUUAGAAGAGACAGUGCAAAACGCGAUCAAGUCAUGGGAGAUGGAGUUCUCACAUAAGAUCCGUUUACAGGACUUCAAGACUAUAAACCCUGAGAAGUUUAAGCUCUUUGUCAAUGGGAGAGAAGGUUUAUCAGCUGAAGAGACGCUUAGGCUUGGGAGUUACAAUGCUUUGCUCAAGAACUCUUUGCCUGAAGAGUUUCAGUACUAUAAGCCCGAGGAAGAGAGCUUUGAGUCAUCACAUGACGCCUUUAGAUCUGCUUUACCACGCGGGUUUGCGUGGGAAAUACUCUCUGUGUACUCGGGGCCUCCUGUUAUAGCCUUCAAAUUUAGACACUGGGGAUACUUUGAAGGAACUUUCAAAGGUCAUGCUCCUACUGGGGAAAUGGUUCAAUUCCUGGGUCUAGGAGUUCUAAAGGUUGACGAAUCACUUAGAGCAGAGGAGAUUGAGAUUUACUAUGAUCCAGGAGAGCUGUUCGGGGGACUACUCAAGGGACCUCCUAUAUCAGAGACCAAAACCACAGACAGUGGAGACAACACUGCAGAGAAACAAAGCUGCCCAUUCACACACUAAGAUAAUAAGAAAAGUAGAAGUGUAUUUGACCCUUUAAAGAAUAUAUUGUAACAGUCUCUUGGUUAUUGAUGCAUGGAAUAAAUUAUAAGUUAUGUUAGGCGUCACAA